AUGUGUGUUGUAUCAGACAGACAUGAGAGCAUCAUUAAGGCGGUGAGUAGAGUGUAUCCAACUGUGCCACAUUUGGCAUGCAUAUGGUAUUUAUGGAAAAAUGUGACCACGAAAUGCAAAUCGAAUGGUGAAGUAUUGAGUCCUGUAUUCUAUGCACUUGCAAAAGCAUACACACAGGCUGAGUUUGAUAAGCUGAUGGAGAAGAUUGAGAAGGUUGAUUUUCGGGUAAAAGAGUACUUGGAGGAUGCUGGAAGGGAAAAGUGGGCUCGACUAUAUUCACCCGUUAACAGAGGAUGGACAAUGACCUCAAAUAUAGCCGAAUGUAUUAAUGGAAAAUUGGUAGCAGCAAGAGAGUUGCCUGUUUUCGAUUUUCUUGAAGAAGUUGAACCAUCAACUGAAUAUGUGUAUACCGUAAAUGAUGAGGCUGUAUUGAAGAGUAAAAGUCUUAUGCCUGAUGAAUAUUGCUCAUACCUAUUCAAACCAAAGACAGUGAUUACGACGUAUGAUGUGCCUGUGGAUCCUCUGCCUGACGAAAGUGAGUGGAAUAUUCCCAAACACAUAUGCGAGGAAGUUGUUUUGCCACCAAGAUACAAGAGACCCCCGGGAAGGCCAAAGAAAAAGCGAGAUAAACCAUUAAUGGAGACGAUGAUUGGUAAACGUAGGAAUGCUUGUAGUACUUGUGGAUGUCUUGGUCACAAUAGACGUUCUUGUUCUAACGAGCCACGUAAGAAGUAG